UAUCGAACAACUUCGUGAGAAUUGUCCAGCUUGUUUAUAAUGAAAUGGUCUCCAGUCGUUCCAGCUGGGGAGUGGAGCUGCGGAUCGCAUUGAUGUCCAGCAGAUGGCAGUGUCUGUUCUCUGAUCAGGGCGGAGCUGCAGCAUUCAGUAAAGGAGGCUCAAUUCUGGAAGUUAUGGGUCAAAACUGCCGGGGCAAAGAUCAGAUAGUGUUCCAGAUCAAGAAUAACAAAAAGAAUAUAGAAGAAAUAUGCAUCAGCUGUGGGAGUCUACAAGUGAUUACUCAGCAUCCACUCUUUGAAGGAGGACUUUGUGAUCCAUGUAAGGAUAAUUUCUUGGAGACUAUGUUCCUUUAUGAUCAGGAUGGGUACCAAUCUUUUUGCACAAUUUGCUGUGGUGGAACCAAAGUGCUGAUGUGUGGAAACUCUGGGUGUAAGAGGUGCUACUGUUGUGAGUGUUUGGAUGCUCUUGUGAAGCCUGGUGCUGCAAAGCAGGCUGAAGCGAUGGAACCCUGGGUGUGUUUCAUGUGCUGUUCAGUUCAGUCCUUCGGUGUACUCCGGAGAAAGAGGAGGUGGCAACUAAAGCUGAAGCAGUUCUUUGACCAAGAAAGUGACCGCAUACGAAUCUAUGCACCAGUUCCUAUAGAUAAACAAAAUCCGAUUAGAGUUCUGUCCCUCUUCAGCAAUAUGACUAAAGAUUUACAGGACAUUGGAAUUUUGGACAGAGUUCAUAAUGCUAAUCAAGAAAUGUUAACGUUUUUGAAGGAUUUGGACAAUGUUACUCGACAAAAUAUAGAGCAAAAGGGACCAUUUGACUUUGUGAUUGGUGUCUGCCAGGAGGACACUUCAGUUCAUCAUUGUUCAGGCAGGAUCAUUUUUCAGUAUUACCGUAUACUUCAAUAUGCUAGGCCCAAAGAAACAGAUGAACGACCAUUCUUUUGGAUAUUUGUGGAUCCAGAGAUUCUGACCCAAAAGGACAUUAAAGAUGCCUCACGCUUUCUGGAGUGUGAUCCUGUAAUUAUUCAUGAUUCUUGUGAGUCAGCAGUUCGGCUGUGGAGUAAUAUACCCUCACUCAAAAGUAAAUUUGCUGCGGAUAUGUACGACCCAGCUUGGGAAAACAGAAGGCAAAACUCAGGAGAAACUUGCAUGAAAAUGGUCAAACAAUACUUGGUUCCACUGAAAGAUUAUUUUAAAAGUUACUUUUAA